AUGCGGGGUACCGGUCUUGCGUCCGGUACCGAUCUGGCGCUGACAAUCUCAAACACACCUAGAGACAACCGGUUUUAUUGCGGUCUGUGCGGGCUCGCAGACAUGGCCGCCCUCAGUAAAAUACCUAACAGUUGCUACGAAGUUGGGCACACCUGGGAGCCGUCGUGCGUGCGGUCCGCCGUGGACAUAACCGGUGCCGCUCUGGACGUCUCCUUCAAAAUAUACGCCCCUCUGUACCUGAUAGCAGCCAUUCUGCGGAGACGGAAGAAAGAUUACUACGUCAAAAGGCUUCUUCCAGAGAUCCUGUGGUCGACCUCCUUCCUAACAGCUAAUGGAAGCCUGUUCAUUGUUUUCUUCUGCAUUUUAAGAAAACUUUUUGGAGGGUUCUACUCCUGGUCGGGGUUCGGCGCCGCCCUCCCUGCCUCCUACAUCGCCAUCCUUCUGGAGCGAAAGAGCAGGAGAGGUCUGCUGACCAUUUACAUGGCAAAUCUAGCAACAGAAACGCUGUUCCGCAUGGCCGCGACUCGAGGCAUUGUCAAACCCAUCAAACACGGAGAGGUGCUGCUGUUCUGCAUCACUGCAUCACUCUUCAUGUUUUUCUUCAGGAGUAACGACGGUCUUAAAGGUUUUGUCUUUUCUGCAUUAAAAUUCAUCAUUGGGAAAGAGGAGAUUCCCACUCAUUCCACUCUGACGGAGGGUUCGAGGCCCGCGGAGGCGGCCGCUGCCGUAGAGCCCAACCGUCCACCGCUGCCGCCGGAAAGCUCCAGCAGGAGAAACCUGAUCGCCAAAACCAGAAAGCUUCUAGAAUCUAUAUGCAAACGGGGUCCAAGACACGCAUGCUGUAAACAUUACCAAGACAACUGCAUUUCCUACUGUGUUAAAGGUUUCGUCCGGAUGUUCAGUAUCGGUUAUCUUAUCCAGUGUUGUAUUAAAGUGCCGUCGGCCUUCAGACAGAUUUUCUCCAAACCCUCGCGGCUUCCCUCCAUUUUCUACAACAAAGACAACUUCCAGCUGGGAGCCUUCUUAGGCUCUUUUGUCAGCAUCUACAAGGGCGCGAGCUGCCUUCUGCGCUGGAUCCGUAACAUCGACGACGAGCUGCACGCCCUGAUAGCUGGGUUCUUGGCUGGAAUCUCCAUGUUCUUCUACAAAAGCACAACAAUAUCCAUGUAUCUCUUCUCUAAGCUGGUGGAGACCAUGUACUUCAAAGGUAUCGAGGCUGGACAUUUCCCCUACUUCCCCCAUGCUGACACAAUCAUCUACUCCAUCUCCACCGCCAUCUGUUUCCAGGCUGCUGUGAUGGAAGUUCAAAAUCUCAGGCCUUCAUACUGGAAGUUCUUGCUACGCUUAACUAAGGGCAGAUUUGCUCUGAUGAACCGAAAGCUGCUGGACGUGUUUGGAACUCAGGCGUCCAGAGACUUUAAAGACUUUGUGCCCAAACUGGACCCUCGUUUCACCACGCCGCCCAGCCUGACCACGCUUCCAGCAGGGGGCUACGUCCAGCUGGGAUCUCUCUGAGCCAAAGUCUUCCAGAGGGCUUUGGGAUCAGAUGAAAACGGACAAUCUGGCUGCUCAUCCAUAGUAAUUUAUGGAUCUUUUUUUGUUUUUGACAGACGAUGGAACUUCUCAGAAGUAAAGUAGCCUUGUUUUAAAAUGGGAGGAGCUUAGGGUGGAGCAAAGCUAGUCUGUGAUGUCAUGAUUGUGGGUAGAAGCCUGUUAAUGGAAUGAAAUGAUCUGAGUCCAGAAUAAAUUACAAAACAUAAAAAUACAUUUAAAUUGAACAUAAACUAUCAAAAUGCAGUGAUUGACAAAAAAUCAAUCAAUUCCAUCUAUCUGAACCAGCUGACCAGUGGUGUGAGUUUAGAGAUUUUAAUUCCUUUCAAGAUGCAGUUAUUCCUCGUUUACAUUUAAGAUACUUUAGAAAAUCUUUUUUAAAUGUUUGUAGCACUGAACUGCUAAACAGGAAUGCUAAAAGUAGGAAGGGAAGCUGCAAGUUUGCACUUUCAUCUAAAGACAAAAGUUCUUUGAGAGAUUAAAAGGAGAUUUCAAUCUUUUUUUGAUAGAAACUAAUAUUUAUAAUAGAGAUUGGAAGAUUUUGUAAAUGUGGAUUAUGAGUAAAGUUCAGUAUUGAGCAAAAGCUUUGAGCCAAUGUUAAUUUCCUCAAUAUUUCCAAUUCAAGCUUUUAUUUUGGAAAUAGUUUUUUUUAUACUUUGGUUGUUUUUACUAUAUUUUCUUUUUCUGGUUAAACAUUGAUUUGAUGGAUACAAAAUAACCCAAGUAUAUUAAUGCAAGCAAUAAUUCUGUUCUGAGUUGAUAAAAAACACAGUUUGGUUAAAAAAUGAUUAAAACACGUCCUGUUGGGAACACUUAGUCUUUUAAGUGAUUUAAAUGUGUUAGAACAAAAGUUCAUAUUUAAUCCCAAAGAUCAGUUUGCUUGAAACCAGCUGGUUUUUUAUAUCAAUGGAUGGGAACUACACAAGUGGUGAGCAGAAGGGGAAGCAGGGCUUUUAUUUUGAAAAUAGGAAGUGAAUAAAAAUGGGUAAAAAGGCAAAACUCUUUAAAAGAAAGACUUAAUAUAUUUCUGGAAAACCUGGGGAUGUGUUGCUCGAAAUAGUUAUUCAUGGAGUCUUUGAAAACAAAUGUGAAACCACAGACGGGAGUCGUCAUGGAAACGGUCAGAUGCUUCUUGGUAGCAUAUUUAUUAGUUUAACUCUUAAACAUCUGUUUUCAUUAGUUAUUAUGACUUGACUUUAACCACAGAUUGCAUAACAUUUUAAGGCAAAUAUAAAGGUAAUAUAUUGAAUGAUCAAAGUCAGUUUUAAGUUUGAUUUUUAGUUACCAUUGAAGAAUGCCACGGAGCUAAAAAUCUGUAGAUUUUUUAGCUUAAAUAUCUAUAGAAUUCAUUUCAGAAGAACUUACAAUUUUGAAUUUGAAAAAAAAAUAGUUUUCCUACACUUUACGCUUUGCUUCAACACACCUGAAUUUAGGAAUUAAAGACCCACUUUAAUGAAAAUAGUGUUUUUAGAUUACUCUUAUGAGAUUUUUUGGAUGAUUGAGGAAACGUACAGCAAAAAAAAAUUUAAAAUAGCAUUUCUGAGUAUUAAUCAGGAAAAAAAUGCAGUUUAAAAAAGAGCUUAUUUGUGAGAUAGAAAAUAUGAUGGGCGGAGCCACAAGCUCCCUGCUCCGCCCCAUUCUGAUGCAUCCACAUGCACAUCUUCAUUUUCUUAGUCCGAGCUGGCAUCUGACUCAGAAUUGUACAGUUGGGAGUGUGAGAUGCUUUUAUGUAGGGUAAGCUAUUAUAGGAAGUGGGGGUGGAGUUGCUCUGUGCCAACGGUCCCGCCCACAAUUUCUGAGACAAAUUUCUAAUGGACUUCUGCCGCUCUGAAGAAACGAUGUUCUCCAUUUUGACUAAAUGCAGCAUAAUCAUAAUUAAAAGACCACCAGGAACACUUUUAAAAUAGAUCAGAAGAUGAUCGGAGUGGGUCUUAAAAUAGAAUUCAAAUGUGAAAUAAAUUUAGAUCUAAAAUCAGGUCCCAAAGCGAUUAUUUUUCUCCUUUUGGGAUUGUUUUAUUCUUUUAUUCUCAAACUAAUGCAGAUGUUUAGAAAGCUUGAGGAAAAAAUUAAGGUGCUAUGGUAGUAUGUUUUGAUUUCUGAUGGCAAUAUGUAUACACGUUUUUUUUUUUUUUUAGUUUGACAUAUAUUUUGUGAAAGUUGUUUGAUUUGCAGUUCAACAAUAAAGAAUUUUCUGUUUUUCAUGUGAAAA